AUGGAAGAAACUGGAAUGAGUAAUAAUUUAUUUUUGGAAAAAAUUCUUGAUGUUGGAUUAAUAUUUCAUAAAUUAAAAAAUGAAUAUCUUUCAUCUGCAGAUGUCUUUAAUCUUUGUUUGACAUCACCUACUGUUAGUAAUAUCAUUUCGGAUUACUCUACAAAAAUGUAUAUUGGUAUUGAAUGUGAUUAUGAUAGUUAUUCAUUUAACAAUUCUACUAUGAGUGGGCCAUAUCCAUUUUUUAUACGCACCGAAGAUGUUGGUAGAGAAAAAAAUACUUUUAAAUUUGUUUUUGAACAACCAAAAAAAACAUUGUAUAUUGAAUUAGGAAUGUAUGAAAAUGAAACGGAUAUCACAAAUAAAAUUCAAGAUUACUCUGAAUGGUUUAUAGAUCCAACCUAUAAAGCUAUUCAAUUUACCAGUUGUAGAAUUGAAAAAUUUGAACAAUUUAUGAAAAUUUUAUGUUCUUCUGAGUCUUCAUCAAUUACAACACUUGAGGCAUUUCCUCUUUUCCAUGUUAUUGAGUAUUACCUUAAGUUAAAUGAAUCAUAUACUGUUGAGUUGGAACGUUUUACUUCAUUGUGUAGAAUAGAAUAUGAAAUGGAUGGUGUAGCAGGAGUAACAAUUUUUGAUGAAAGAAUUGCUAAUGCUCUUGUUUAUGGUCUUAGAAAUAGACCUGGUGCUAGUAUUAAUUUAAAUUGGCGUUUACCUCAUCGAGAGAUUCAUCUUAUAGAGGAAGGUCAUAGAAUUGUAAAUUUAUUUGAAUUAAUUUUUUCUAAAUGUGUCACUUACGGUAUCUCUGUUUCAUUGGCAAUAAAUGUAAAUAUUCUUAAAAUGAUUGUUGAAGCUUAUCACAUACAUCCAGUAAAUAUUAUCUCACUUAAACUUUAUAAUUAUACAGAAAAUAAUCCAGCUGUUGUGGAAUAUUUAACUGGUACAGAGGAAUUUUUUCCAAGUGUAAAAUUAUUUACAAUAAAUUUCUCCUGUCCAUGUUUUAAAGGGUUAAAAUAUGUUGGCCUUGAAGCUUUUAAAAAGAUGAAAUCUGUCGAAACGUUGACGAUUAACUUUUGUAAAAUUCAUGGAAUAUCUGAAAGAAGUGCUAAUAUUGUGAAUAAUAUUCCAACUGGUGUUAGAUACCUGUUUCUAAAUAAUUUUUCACGUUACAGUCAGGCUAUCUUUGAAUGCUUAUCAGCAGAAUGUCCAAAUUUAAAAGCUUUAAUUAUAGAUAGUAGUAAAAUGGAUAUAAAAUACAUUGGUACAUCAUCUUACUUUACAUCAUUUACAAAAUUAAAUGCCCUGCGCCAUGACUGUUUACGGCAAAUUGUUACCUACCCAACUUCUUUAAAGAUUCUCGUAAUUAGAUGCAAUCUUGAUAGUCAAAAUUGUUUUUGUGGUACUUUUAUUCAAGAUAAUUUAUUUUUCCGACAUCAUACUGUCUUUGUUAUUGGUGAGUAUUACAAAAUUCAUUUUUAUCAUAAUGAUUUUAAACAUCUUAUGGAUUAUUUGAAAUUUGAUUCGGAACUUAUUUUAACACGUCUUUAA